GGAAUCACUUUGCGUUCUUUGCAACCGUCAGCCGGUUUGAUAUCUACCAGCUGUUCUCUUUUGCUGCCUUGUCCCAGCCCUGGACCCCUGCUCUGCCUACAUCAGCCUCAACGAGCCCUGGAGGAACACGGACCACCACAUCAACGGCUCGCACGGGCAGCCCACGUGCGACAGCCAGAUCGACGGCGAGUGGUACCGCUUCACGGGCAUGGCCGGGGACGCCAUGCCCACCUUCUGCAUCCCGGAGAACCACUGCGGCACCCACGCGCCUAUCUGGAUGAACGGCAGCCACCCGCGGGAGCGGGACGGCGUCGUGGCGCGCCAGGCCUGCGCCAGCUUCAACGGCAACUGCUGCCUCUGGAACGCCACCAUCGACGUCAAGGCCUGCCCCGGCGGCUACUACGUGUACCGCCUCGCCAAGCCCAGCGUUUGCUUCCACGCCUACUGCGGCCAUUUUUAUGACAUCUGUGAUGUGGUGGAUUGCCAGGGCCCCUGCCUGGACACCAGUGACUGCACCUGUUCCCCGGGGACGACGCUGGGACCUGAUGGACAGACAUGCCUUGAUGAAAACGAGUGUGAGCAGAACAACGGGGGCUGCAGUGAGUUCUGUGUGAACCUGAAGAACUCCUACCGCUGCGAGUGCGGGGUCGGGCGCACGCUGGGCAGCGACGGCAAGACCUGUGAAGAAAUCGAAGGCUGCCACAACAACAACGGAGGCUGCAGCCAUACCUGUAUUGAAGUGGAAGACACCUACCAGUGUGAAUGCCCAAGGGGACUUGUUCUGUCAGAAGACAACCACACUUGCCAAGUGCCAGUGCUGUGCAAGUCGAGCUCUAUCGAGGUGAACAUCCCAAAGGACCUGGUUGGAGGCCUGGACCUUUCCCUCAUCAACACUUCCUGCAAAGGCGUCUCCAACGGCACUCACGUCAACAUCCAUUUCUCCCUGAAGUCCUGUGGAACUGUUGUAGAUGUAAUAGAUGACAAGAUCAUUGCCACCAACCUGGUGACUGGCUUGCCGAAGCAGACUCCGGGCAGCAACGGGGACAUCAUUGUGCGCACCAGCAAGCUGCUGAUCCCGGUGACCUGCGAGUUCCCGCGCCGCUACACCAUCUCCGAGGGCUACGUGCCCAACCUCAAGAACUCGCCCCUGGAGAUCAUGAGCCGCAACCAGGGCGUCUUCCCCUUCACCCUGGAGAUCUUCAAAGACAAAGACUUCGAUGAACCCUACAGGGGGGCUCUGCCCACCCUCAAGCUUCGGGACUCGCUGUACUUUGGGAUUGAGCCCUUGGUGCACGUCAGUGGACUAGAGACACUUGUAGAGAGCUGCUUUGCCACUCCCACCUCCAAAAUCGAUGAGAUCCUCAAGUACUACCUGAUUCAAGACGGCUGCGUGUCCGAUGACUCCGUGAAGCAGUACACGUCAAAGGACCAUCUUGCCAAGCACUUCCAGGUUCCUGUGUUCAAGUUCGUGGGCAAAGACAACAGGGAGGUGUUCCUGCACUGCCGCAUCCUGGUGUGCGGGGCCCUGGACGAGACCUCCCGCUGCGCCCAGGGCUGCCGGAGACGCGUGCGCAGGGCGGCCGGCGACGAGGAAGAGGAGGAGGAGAAGGGAUCUGUCCACGUGGCAAACCACGUCCUGACAGGUGGCCCCAUCAGAAUCGACUUUGAUGACUGACACUCACCCUCUGGAAUGGCAUCUCUGCCCCGAGAGACCGGCCUUCCUUAUCAGUGCCUUCCUUAUCAAUGCCUUCUGUCCUGGCCCUUUGAGAAACAAGGGGGAUUUGGCAAAGCCCCACUUGCACCUCAGGACUCGUUUUUCCUAACCCUGUGAUGAUUAUUUGUGUUUUGGACACCUGGACUGCAGAAUAGUUUGAUUUUACCUGCGUUUCUUCCCAGCAUUUCAACCCUUGGGCUGGAGGGACCCUGUUGCUUUGCAGGCCUGAGGUGUUUCCCACCUUUGUCUUUCCCUACAUCCGCCUGCAGGCUCCAGGACUGUUCGUCCUUGACUAAACAAAUGUUAUCUGAGGCCUUCUUGCAUCAGGCAGUACAAAUAGUAUCGUAGCUGAACGUGUUUGCUGUGCGGUUCUGUGAGCGAUGCUGAAGCUUUGGGGUGACUGUUAAUAAAAACAAGUAUAAAAUAUUCUGUCUCGUCAUGUGUAAAUUCCCUGGAGCUGUACAAUUGUCAUUGCAGGCAGCUAAAGCUCAGCUCUAUCACAGGCACAUUUAAAUGUUAUUUUAAAGGGGGAAAGCUAUUUAAUAAGAUUUGAUUUUUUUUUAGUGUCUUUUGAUAAUUGCAUGCAGUUUAAUAGUAUUUAGUGUAUCAUUAUCUCUCUCCCUCUUCUCCCACCACCAAAAAUGCCUUUCCCGAGUGCCCUGGCACACUGAUUGUAAGAGAAGCACCAUUAAAAAUCUAUAAACACCCCC